GGAAUGCACAUCGUCCGGAUCUUCUCAACAAUUAAGGCUUUUUGAACUGAGAUGCGCACAUAAUUCCAAUCCGAUGUGAUACACCGUACUUUACUUAAACCCCAAACCCGAAUUUAUAUAAACUUUGAACUGCCAUAUGGAUGGAUGGAGAAAUAACAUUUUUUUGAGAAUCAGAUGCAUUGUAGUAGAAUGGGUUAGGAUUAUAUUCACUGAAUAUAACCUACCCAAUGUCCGUAGUAAGUCACAAAAUAAGAAAUUUUCAGAUGAUGUCACGAAUGCUUUUUCGUUUUUAGAUAAACUAAUUUUUUUUUUCAGUUUCAGACUAACGGACAUCUAGGUAUAUACAUUUGUUAUGUUAUGAAUAAAGAAACUUCGGAAUAACAGACCUGAAGAACGGCGGGCGAUCGGGGGGAAUAAUAUUUAAAAUCAUAGUUUGUGUUUUCUUAGCAGUAAAGUCAAACAGACAUCCUCAGGGAAGUCCCUUUAUAGUCCUACAUAAUUCAUGCCCUUUGAACUUCCUUGGUAUGACGGUUGUUUGUACUUUGUACUUAUCUUUACGGCUGAGUGUGCAUUAGGAUACAGAGUAUCCUACUAUUCAUUAUGUGCAUGAAAGGUUUUAUUCCUUCCGCAAUUAUAAAAUCGAAGGCAAUUAGUACUGUUAUGAAUGUGGAAUAAAUAUCAUUUUCGAUUGUACUCCAUACUUCAGUAACUGAAACUGUUGAGUUCAUUAGCAAUGGCAGGAAUCUUCGACCCACCUGAAUUUAAGUGCGAAGAAUGUGGCAUUGGUGAUUCUACACAGGGGUAUAAAGUUGUAGAGAAGCGUCACCUGUGUCCAACUUGUGCUCGCAAUCUGGCCAGCGCCAUCCUGGCUGAUGCAUCACAUAAAUCUGUUCAGUGGCCGUGCCCACAACACAGUCGAAAAGAAGUGGAACUGCUCUGCUCUGAAUGCAAAGAGGCAAUGUGUUCAACUUGUGCAUUAACUUCUCACCAUGGUCACCGGAUGCAAGACAUCGAGAAAUUCUUCAUCGAGAAGAAAGAAGUUUUGAAAAGGGAUGUUGAAAAGAUUUCUGCAAAGCAAAUCGAGAGGAAAAGUUUUCUGGAUAAGAUAGCAAGCCAUUCGCAAGAAUUGGAUGAUCAUUUGAAAGACAUCAGGGGGAAGAUAUCUGUCACGUUCCAGACAAAGUCGCGUGAUCAAAAAGAGCAAAGAGGGGUACAAGUGGCCAGGAUAAACAAAGAAUCAGAUGAGCUCAUUAGGCAUAUCAACGAAAAUCGUCGAAUGCAGCUCAAGGAAGUUGAAGGAAAAUUCCACAAUAAACAAGAAACACUAGCAAAAGACCAAGACAAUGUUCUUGCUGAGUUGAAAGUUGUCGAAGACAAUUUUGUCCAGAUGGCGUCAAAAGUGAAAGCGUCAACUGAGGCCACUAACGAUCAGCUGGAGAACACCGCUGCACUUGCGGAAUCCAUCAUGGUCGAUUGCGAUGGGAAAGCUUUCCAUGAGAAGAUCGCAGAGUUUCACGAGAAGGGUAUGGACAAAUUACCAUGUUUCGAUCAUGAUCACCUGGAUAAAUUGUCGAAGAUGGUUAGAAAAAUACGUUUCAAGAGAGUGGAUGACAUUCAAACCAUUGGAAUUCUAGAGGGAAAGAAGACUUCCUAUGACUUGGUCAAGACUGUAAAUCUUCCAUCCGAUGUCAAGGAGCCAUUUCUUCUCGGGUCGAUUGACGAGCAAACGGUGGUAUUGCGGAAUGGCAUUGGGUCCAUUCUGUACUCGGUAAACGUAGAUUCUGGAUCGCUGGAAACACUGAUGACCGAACAGAAGUCCAGAGGCAUUUGGGAUUUGGCAGUUUUUACUCUACCUGACAAUUCGAAAGGUUUUGCUUACAGUGAUUUCAAUGCCGGCGUGCUAAAAAUCUGUAACAGAGACGGAACCGAUGAAAGGGAUGUAGGCCUGGCUCUUCCCGACGAUGAAGCCCGCUUUGCUUUCGUAACUGUGGACAGGAAGGGCAAACUUCUCGCUGCUAGUCACAAUAUUGGCGAAAUACAUGUGAUUAACCCCCAAACAGGAGAACGUCUUCGCACUAUCGAUGAUCUCGGAUGCACACCGAUAAAUGGAUGCGGGACGCUUUCAAAUGGAGACAUCAUCAUUCUCUUUGGAAACUCCAACAUCUGCAAGAUCUUUCGAGCAACAGGGGACGUCCGGAUGACCCUAGCUCUUGCUGGCUGGAGCAGAAGAAUAAACUUUCAUGUGGGUGUAGAUGAUAUGAUCUACGUGACAUAUCGUAAAGAAUCUGGGGAGUCAGCAUACGUGAGCUAUGUCAGUGUCCUCUCUCCUGACGGGGUUUUGGUGAAGGAUAAGGCAAUCGAGUUUCCAACAUCCUAUCUCCAUCGCUUUAACCCGAGAUGCAUUGUUCCUGCCCCCGGAACUGUCAUCAUUCUAAAUGGAAAUGUCCUCCUUGUUUACGAGGAGACACCUGGAGUUGAUGAUCUCCACCACUGACCAGACAUGCCAAACAACACGGUAUAUUGCCAAUUCGUCUAUUGCCAACUCGUCCACAUGGUCUACUUUCAUUUAGUCUAAUGCCAUUCCUUCCAUCAACAUUUCGUCUAACAACCAUUUGGUCCGUUAGCCAUUUGGUCCAAUUAUCACUACGUCUAAUCACCAUUUCGUCUAAUAACCAAUCGGUCUAAUAUCCAUUUCAUUUUCAUUCAUUUUGCACAAUUUAACACUAAGUCCAAUUAGACCAAAUGGUAAAUGGACUAAAUGUCUAUUGGACCAACUAGUUAUUAGACGGAAUGGCAUUAUACUAAAAGAAAGUAGACAAUGUGGAUAUUGGACGAACUGAUGGUAGACCAAAUGAUAGUAGAAGAGUUGGCAAUCGGAUGAAUUGGCAUUAGACGAAUCGGGAAAAAAAACCAACACAUGUUGUAGGCUACUGAAAUGGAGAUUCAACCUAAACAGCAAAUUCUCGAAGUCUUUUUUUUAAUGAUGGAAGAUGAUCAUGCUGAUUUUGAAGGUUUGAAUAACUUUACACAAACAAUGAUUAAGUUAUUAACUUCUGAAAGAUCAAAUCACUAUCUAUCAUACUAUUUUUAAUUAUUAUUAAAACGAUAUUCAUAAAUUUAAGAUUGCUACACUUAUGCACGCAGUUAGAUAUAGAUAUGCUCCUAUUAAUAUCAUCAAUCUUUUUCAAUACAACUACGACUUUCACCGAUACAAUACUCGCUCUGCUAAUAGCUUUCAUUACCCUAAAACAGCUUCAACCUUAAUUCUGAACUCUUUUAAGUUUACCGGGCCACGAAUUUGGAAUAAUCUCAAUGUAUGCCUUUUUUCAUGUUCAACUGUUUCUUCGUUUAAAUGCAAACUCAAAAAGAUCAUUAUUAGUACUUAUUCCUAAUUUGAAUUCAAACUCACCUCAUUUAUAUAUGUAUUAUUUUUGUUAAUGAAUGAACCAAGAUGAUGGAUGUUCGGGUGUGCUUUUGUGUGUGAUGAUGACGAUGUGUCUCGGUGGAUGUGUCUGUGUGUGAAUGAGCAUGUUUCGCUUCCCCCCCCUCUUCAUCUGAUGUGUACAUAUAUUAAUUACUGUAUUCUUUGGAGGCUUCUUAUUUUCAAGUGUAAACUUUUUGUUGCCCUCCUUUUCUUGUAAUGAUAUUUCUAUAUACGAAUGUACAAUUUGAUGAUGUUUUAUUAUUAUCAAGAAUAAAUUGAAUUUGAAUUGAAUUGAAUUGAAUUUUGAAUUCUUAAUUGGCUGCAUAAAUGAUAUAGGGUGCCUAUCUUAUGUUCUUAUGUAGGAUAUACGAGUGCCAAAUCUGUAAAAUAUCAACUUUUAUAAACGAUAGUCAGAAACACAUUUUUUUUUCUUUUAUGAAAAGGCGAAUAAAUAUAUUCAUAUUUAAAAUAUGUAUAUUUUGUAAAUUCACAAUUACUGCCUCGUUAAAAAAAAAAUCAGCAUUAUACUAGUCUUAACCGGGGAUAAUUAUAUUUUAUGCGGUUUCAUUUUUAUAAAACUGAAUAAAUAAAACUGGGCGAACAAAUCAAAAUCUAUUUAUAAUUCCUAUUUGCAUGAUACGACGAAUAUAUCCCGUUUAAUUUCAUGAAAUAUUGUUUUAAUAUUCAUUCAUUUUCUAUGUUUUGUUUAUAUGUAUUUCUGUACAGAAAGAUAUAUGUUAAUAUUAAAUAUUUAUACACGGGCACGGCGCAUAUAGCCAAUUUUAUUACAGUGGCAAUGUGAUAGGUUCGCGGUGAGACAAAACGUAUCUGUAAAUACAUUUGUUUCUCGACAACGGAGUAAAAUAUUAAUACAGUAAAGAGAAACUAUAUAUAUAUAUAUAUAUAUAUAUAUAUAUAUAUAUGCCUAUAUCAUUCUAGUUGGUGUAUAUCAUAAAGAUAUAAUGUGAAAACGUUUAACAUUCUGAUCAGGAAUCAUUAGUUGAGUUUUCGAAUGGAUGUUAAUAAGUAUUUAGAUUACUUUAUUCCCAUCAUCUAAAUAGCUUUGAUUGUGCAAUUAUUGACAAUCCACGAAUAGGGAAAAUUUUCCUCAGGCCAGAAUCAAUCAGCAUUAUUCAUUUUCUGUGGCAUACAUAGAUUGAUAAAAAUAAUUCACCUUUACCUAUCUGUAAAUACCAACUCUCGCAUUUUAUUAUUUGGACUUCGAGCUUAUGUCUAUAGGAAUUAGAACUGAUCCGUUAUAUCAAUGUAUCUGAAUAGAAUGAUCCAUCCUACGAUUUUAAGUUUUUUUUAGAUUAAUAUUCGCAUUUAUUCUUCAUUCAUGUACACUUUGCAUUGUUUUGAUUUUUAAUAGGAUACAUAGGUUUAAGGGCCUUUUCACAUGUGAAUUUUGAAUCAUUGUUGUAAUGGUCGAUGAUUGCUAUUGAAAUCGUGACUGUGAUUAGCGUUCGUGAUUCUAAUCAUGUUCUAGUUCGGUUUCACACGUGCUACAAAUUCGUCAUUAGCCUUAUUUUUCACUGGAAUCAUCAUUCAAAUUACGAUUUUUUUUUCACCGUGUGAAAGGGCGGUCAAAACUAAACAAAACCAAAUCAUUCUUUUAAAUGUAUACUAUAUAAAUUAUGGCCCCGCAGCGGAGAGCGGAGGGACCGUUUGUGAAAGGCAAAUGGCCUUUGAUAACCUACAACUCAUUCAUAAAUUUUGAAACAAGAACAGAUUAAAAUUUCUUACCACCCUUUCACACGGUAAAAAAGUCAUAAUUUGAAUGAUUCCAGUGAAAAAUAAUGCUAAUGACGAAUUUUUAGCACGUGUGAAACCAAACUAGAAUCACGAAUUCAAUUCUACUCCGAAGGUAAAUUCCAGUUAAGUUUCACUCAAAUUACGGUACGAAUUUUCCGUGUGAAAGGUCCGAUGAAUCUAUAGACGAAUUGCAAUCAUCAUUACGGUUUAUUUCCAAUUCGUCUCGUGCUAAUUCGUCCAAUUGCCAACUCGUCUACUAUCAUUUGGUCUAAAAUCGGUUCGUCCAAUAUCCACAUGGUCUACUUUUAUUUAGUCUUAUGUCAUUCCGUCUAAUAACCAGUUGGUCAAAUAGCCAUUUAGUCCAUAUACCAUUUGGGUCUAAUCGGACUAAGUGUUAAAUUCCGCAAAAUGAAUGAAAAUGAAAUGGAUAUUAGACCAACUAGGUGUGAGACGAAAUGGUCAUAGACGAAAUAGUGAUUAGAUGAAGUGAGGAUUGGACCAAUUGGUUAAUGGACCAAAUGGUUGUUAGACGAAAUGUUGAUGGACGGAAUGGCACUAGACUUCUUAAAUGAAAGUAGACCAUGUGGUGAGCGGAUGAGUCGGCAGUAGACGAAUUGGCAAUUUACCAUCAUUACAAUGAUGAUUCAAGAUUCACGUGUGAAAAGGCCCUAAGACAUAUAUUUUCGCUAAGAGGCUAGAAAAUGCUACCGAAAUUUUUUUUGGUCCUUUAUGAUGUUUUGAAUAAUGUACUUUCUUUCAUGUAUCAGUUAUACAGAAUUCGGUAAAGCAUUCACGCAUUCAGAUAACAUGAAAUAUGAAAACAAAUGAUAUGCGUAUAUAUUUCUUCUUUAUUCAAGUGGUUGGCAAAACUUUUACGUAAUUUUUAAUUACGCGAUAUUUUGUUACUUAUACUUAUAACAUGUACAAGACGAUUGUGCACAGAUGUGACCUUAAUAAAUGGGUUGGAAAUUAG